UCAUGCCUGGAAAGACAUUGAGUCCCUACGAACAGGUUCCCGUGACCAAAGAAGACUGCGGCAAAGAGGAAUUAGUCAAGCAGUUGGAGCACGCCGUUCGCCAUGUUGGAUUCUUCUAUGUCAAAAACUUCAACAUUAGCCAGGAAGAGGUAGACCGCCAGUUUGCCCUGGGACGCGAGUUCUAUGAUCUUCCUCUGGAGGAGAAGCUGAAGUAUCAUAACGUGAAAGACCUCGAAGCUGGCGAAUACAACGGUUACAGACCUGCUGGUCUCCGUACUCUGGCCCCUGGAAUCACGGAUAACAUUCAAGUCUACAACAUUCCCAAGUUUGACGGUCAUCAUCAGCGUCAACAACCUGCUGUGCUUCAAGAUAACAUUCAGGAGAUUGAAACGUUCAGUCGCAAAUGUCACUCUGAGGUCGUUGUCAAGUUAUUGAAGCUCUUUGCUCUUCUACUUGAAGUGGACGAAGAUUUCUUCAUCAAGGAUCAUGUCUAUGAUGAUUACGGUGAAGACCACCUACGCUACAUGCACUAUGCUGCUCGCAGCGCUGAGGAGAGUACUAAAGUGGGAGAGCUCUACGUCCCAGGUCAUACUGAUCUUGGUUCUGUAACUCUCUUAUUCCGCCAACCAGUUGCAGCACUGCAGAUCCUGAACAACGAGGGCCAAUGGAAGUGGGUCAAGCCUCAGGACGCGACCAUCACGAUCAACACCUGUGAUGCCUUGACCGCAUUGACUGCAGGAUAUGUGAAGAGCAGCGUUCAUCGCGUCCGCGCACCUCCAAGCGAUCAAGCACACAUCGAUCGUUUGGGCGUCUUGUACUUCGCCCGCCCUAACAAUCACGUCAUCCUGGACCCAAUCAAGAGCCCCGUCCUUGAUUGCCUGGGCCUANCUUCCAAUGCAUUCACCAACAUCAACCAGCAUCUCACUAUGCAAGAGUGGGUCAAACUCCGUCAGACACAACAGCAGAGGGNNAAGACCGAGGCGCCCGAGAUUAAGGAGGGCAAGUACUUCUACAAGCCUAAAGAUCUGGAGAUCCUUCCUGGCUUGACUGCUACCAUACAUAAC